AUGGAGCUGUCAUCCAUUGGAGACCAAGUGUUCGCAGUUGAGUCCAUCACGAAGAAGCGAGUUCGAAAGGGUAAUGUGGAGUACCUGCUCAAGUGGCAGGGAUGGCCCCCAAAGUACAGCACUUGGGAGCCAGAGGACAACAUUUUGGACCCACGCCUAGUCCUGGCCUAUGAGGAGAAUCAGCAGAAGAUCAGAGCCCUGGCCUAUCGCAAGAAAGGCCUUAGACCCAGAAGCCUCGUCCUGCGGAACAUCUUCGCUAUGGACCUGCGGAGCGCCCACAAGGCCCCAGACAAACCUCCGUCCAGGCUGCGCCUCUCGCUUACGCGUGCCAUGAGCACGGACGUUGACCAAAGUGAGCGGGGAGGUGCCUACUGUCGCCCAGCGAGGAGAAGGAACAAACAGCUGGCAUCCAAGCGGAGGUCAAGUGUCCGCUCAAACAGAGCAGUUGAGGAGAAGAAGGUUGAUGAAUGGGAAGACACCAGCGAAGAAGAGAAGCAUGAGUCGGAAAGCACCGCAGAGGAGCGACAGGCAGACAGUUUAUAUGGUCAUUCUGAGUGCAGCUCGCCCCCCGUUUUGGAGCGACAAGACUUGGAAAUGGACUUGGAGGAGAACAGCGACAAAACGUGGUCGGACCCACAAAAACAAGGCGCGGCAACAGUUGCGUGUGAGCAAUCAAAGGACAACGCCUCGCCGCUUGAUAACGGUGAAGCGGAUGUGGUUACAGAGGGCAACAGGUCAGAAAGCGACAUGUGUGAGGAAGAAGCGCAGUCGGGGCCUGAGUGUCCCGGCGCACACCUGACAGACAACACGACCUCGGCAACAGCGGGCGGAGGAGACGCGGCGGCCCACAAUCAGAACAUUAUCGCGACAACUCCAUCAGAGCAUCCUCGGAAGGUGAUCAUGACCGAGGUGACCAUCAAUUCACUGACGGUGACUUUUAAAGAGGCCGCGGUGGCAGAGGGCUUCUUUAAGGACUGCUAG